GGAAAAGAACAGAAGAAUCAAGGAUUUAGAGGAGAGAAUCAGGAACAUGUCACAAGGUGCUGAAAUGGAGUGCUCCAGCACAGAGUGCAUAAGGGUGGUGCUGAUUGGGAAAACUGGAAAUGGGAAGAGCACCUCUGCAAACACUAUCCUGGGCAGAGAUGAAUUUGAGUCUAUAACCAGCCUUGAUUCUGUGACAACAGUUUGCAAGAAGGCAGUCGGCAAAGUUGAUGGAAGAACAGUUUCUGUGGUGGACACACCUGGACUUUUUGACACAACACUUUCUAAUAAAGAUGUUCAGCAAGAGAGAGUGAAAUGUGUCUCCCUGUCAGCUCCUGGACCCCAUGUGUUUAUCAUAGUGUUGAGUAUCAGGACAAUGACUCAAGAGGAGCUGGACACUUUGAACCUCAUAGAGACAACCUUUGGUCCACGGGCCAGAAUGUUCUGCUUAGUUUUGUUUACUAGAGGAGAUGAGUUGGAAAAUAAAUCAAUUCAAGAUUUCGUUGGGAAAAGCAAGAGUGAUAAACUGAAAAAACUGGUCAGAAAUUGUGGAGACAGACUCCAUCUCUUCAACAACAAAGACAAAAAUAACUGCACACAGGUCACUGAGCUUCUUAAGAAGAUUAACAAAAUGGUGUCCGUGAACAAGGGGAGUUUCUACACCAAUGAGAUGUUCCAGGAGGCAGAGGCAGCCAUUAAACAAAAACAGGAAGCAAUACUGAAGGAGAGAGAGACGGAGAUAAAGGCUGACAUGGAGAAACUGAAGGUCAGACAUGAAACAGACAUGGAAAAGAUGAAGUCAAAGUUGGAAGAGGAGAGAUUGAAAGUUCAGGAGGAAAGACAGCUGAGAGAUAAACUGUUGAGAGAGAGAGAGGAAGCAAUUAGAAAAGAGCAUGAAGACAAGGAGAAAGCAGAGAAGGAAGAAAGAGARUUGGAGGACAAAAAAAGGAAAGAAGAUGAAAAGUUGAAAAAAGUAAUAUGGGACACAGAAAAAGAGAAAAUGGAAAAAGAGAUAAAAACUCAGGAAAUAAAGUUGGAGAACCAACAAAGAGAAAAGGAAGAAUAA